AUGUUAGCUUUAGUUGCGAUAGUUCUAUUGGUGUCAACACAAUGUGAUUCACGCGACCCUUUAAAAGUUGGGGGUAUAUUUUACAAAGAAGCCGAAGAUAUGAGAAUAGCCCUGGAAAUAAGCGCCGAGCUCAAAAACUUCACUGCGUCCGUUAAGAUGGUGUCAAAAAGGGGAGAAAUCCUCGAAAUAAGCAGUCAUGUCUGCGAAUUGGCUAAGGAAGGAGUGAUUGGGAUCAUAGACGGCGUUGGGGGCAAGGCUAGUGAACACGUGCAAGGAUUAUGCGACUUGAUGGAUAUCCCACACGUCUUAGUGGAUCAUAAUGAUAUGUACAGUCAAAACUGGACCGUAUUGAACAUGUUUCCAAGCCCUGAAGCGUAUAAUAUGGCAUUGGAAAACCUCGUAAGACACAAAGAAUGGAGAAAUUUUACUAUAAUGUAUGCAAAAGGCCACAGUUUGGUGCGCAUGACUGACUUGAUGCAAAUGGGUAAUAACAGUUAUCCUUAUGUUGUCAGCGUGAGAGAACUUUCUGGUGAUGAUUACAGGGACACAUUAAUAGAUGCGAAGCACAAUAGCUACAUCAACUUUGUUGUGGAUUGUCCGUCUCAUAAACUCGAACAACUGUUGAUCCAGGCCCAGCAAGUUGGAAUGAUGACCGAAGAAUAUUCGUAUAUAUUUCUUUCACCCGAUCUGUUUACUAUGGAUUUGGAACGAUAUAGAUACGGUGGAGUAAAUGUUACAGGACUGCGUCUUCUAAACUGGGAAAUCACUGAGAAACUGACAAAUUUUGCAAGCAAAUUAGCAGAAAGUGUGUUUGUGGCUACAACUCCAGAGAAUAUAAAAACUGAAUUAGUUCUUAUACAUGACGCUGUUGAAGUUUUAGCCGCUGGUGUAGCGAAAAUAAGAGGUUUGGAGGGUCAAGAACUUAGUUGUGAAAAGUUUGACUCUUGGAUACAUGGAUCGUCUUUACUGAAUUUCAUGAAAACGAAUAAGGUAGAGGCAAUAACAAAUACCUUAGUUUUCGAUGGCAUGGGACAACGAACUGAUGUCACUUUUCAAAUGUUGGAACUCACUCCAGCUGGUAACGUAUCAGUGGCUGUAUGGAGAAAUAAAGAACUGGAAAUAACAAGACCGGGAAGCAUAGAUGCAGAAAUUACAGAAGCAACUGUUUUAAAAAAUAAAACAUUAAAGGUUCUAAUUUCAACGACACCUCCAUAUGCAUUUAUAAAGAAUUCUCCAGAAAAAUUGGAGGGAAAUGAUCGGUAUGAAGGUUUUACUGUUGAUUUAAUUGACAGACUGAGUGAAAUGUUGGGAUUUAAUUACGAAUUUGAAGUUGAGAACAAUUACGGCAAACUACUUAAGGAUGGUACAUGGGAGGGAAUGACAGGGGCUCUUAUGGAAGAGAAAGCAGACCUCGCCAUCUGUGACUUCACUAUGACAUCACAAAGGCAGGCUUUAAUUGACUUCUCGACGCCGUUCAUGACCCUUGGAAUUAGUAUUUUGUACAAACAACCAAGUAAGCAACCGCCAGCUAUGUUUUCGUUUAUGGCUGUCUUUUCUAAAGAGGUAUGGUACUACAUGAUGUUGAUACAAUUAGUUCUGGGCGUAGUUUUAAUUUUCGUUGGCAGAAUCUCGAACAAGGAAUGGCAGAAUCCAGUGCCCUGUAUAGAACAACCUGAAGAAUUAAGCAAUCAGUUCAGUUUUGCUAACUCUGUGUGGCUUAUUAUUGGAUCAGUGAUGCAACAGGGCUCGGAAAUUGCACCUAUUGCAUUAGCACCACGGCUGAUAACGAGUGUAUGGUGGUUUUUCACAAUGGUAAUGGUAGCCUCAUACGUAGGUACUUUAGUCGCUUUUCUUACUGUUGAGAAAAAUGUGCUACCUUUCAAUACUGUGGAAGAACUUUACAACCACAAAUCGAUUGCUUAUGGACCUAAAGAAGAGGGAUCUACGAGACAAUUUUUUCAGUCUGCCACCAACGAAAUUUAUAAAAAAAUGUAUGAAAAAAUGAUUGCGCAUGGUUGGCUAGCUGGAAAUAAUGAUAUAGGAGUAGAGAGAGCUGAAAAGGAGCAAUAUGCGUUUUUUAUGGAAUCCACGUCAAUCGAUUAUGUCAAGCAAAGACAUUGUGACCUACUUCAAGUUGGAGGGUUACUAGACUCUAAAAGUUAUGGCAUUGGAAUGAAGAAAAAAUCUCCAUAUAAGAGAUUUAUAGACGAUGCAUUGCUUCAGCUUAAAGAGCAUGGUGAAAUUGAUAAAAUGAAAACUAUAUGGUGGAACGAGAAACGAGGAGGGGGAAAAUGUGGGGAAAAUCGCGAUGAGGAACAGAAGCAAUUGGGGAUGAAAAAUAUGUUAGGCGCGUUCGUUGUUCUGGGGGCUGGCUGCGGUAUCGGGUUGGUUAUAUCAAUAUUGGAUAUGCUUUGGGGAGUUUUCAAACGAUCGGUUAAAUAUCAGACUACUUUCAAGUAUGAACUAAUUGAAGAGUUAAAAUUCGUUAUAAAGUUUAGCGGUAGCAUAAAACCAGUCAAGCGGCAGUCAAAGAGUGAAGACGGUAGCCAGAUUUUAACUAAGGAAGAUGUAGGCUCUAUUAAGUCCGCCAAAUCGUCUCACUCGCAUAGAUCGCAUCGCAGCUCAAGGCAUUCUUCUGUUAAACUCAGUGACUCGUUUGGAAAAAAAUAA